CCAUGCCGCUGGACGCUCCAGCCCCGCGGAUAUAAGCGACACUGCGGAGUAUCAACGACCACACCGAAACCACAAAGAAGAAGCUUAUUUUCUUCUUCUUCUUCUUCGUUUUCUUCUUCUUCUUCUUCUUCCACGCUCGGAGGGAAAGACGGCAUCCGGCCUGAGAAGAAGCUCCGAGGUUGGGGACUCCGGUCGGAGCAACGCUAACCGUUUCUGGCCUCCCCUUCCUGAGAGCUCCAUGGAGAAGAUGAAGCGUUUUAAGCGACGUCUCUCACAGACGUUACGAGGCAGCCACACCAUCGACGAGUCGCUGUCUGAGUUGGCCGAGCAGAUGACUAUCGAAGAGAACGGCUUGAAAGACAGCGAGCCCAUAGUGAGGAACGGCCGUCCUCCAUCAGCACACAGUGUCCACUCUUUCCUUCACCAGUACACGGGCUCUUUUAAAAAGCCGCCACUACGACGGCCUCAGAGCGUCAUCGGAGGAGGCCUGGGCUCUCUGAUGGUCAUGCCCCGCAACGGCAGUCGCCUUGAUAUCGUCCAUGAGAACCUGAAGAUGGGAUCGGACGGAGAGAGCGACCAGGCAUCGGGGACUUCCUCUGAUGAGGUGCAGUCACCCACGGGUGUUUGUCUGAGGAACAGGGGGAACAGGCGCAUCUCUGCAGAGGACUUGAACAAACGCCUGUCCCUGCCGGCCGACAUCCGGAUACCUGACGGUUACCUGGAGAAGCUGCAGCUGAGCAGCCCACCCUUUGACCAGCCGCUGAGCCGACGCUCCCGCAGAGCAUCACUGUCAGAAAUUGGCUUUGGGAAGCUGGAGACCUACAUUAAACUGGACAAACUGGGGGAGGGCACGUACGCUACAGUCUUCAAGGGGAGAAGUAAACUCACAGACAACCUGGUGGCGCUGAAGGAGAUCAGACUGGAGCACGAGGAGGGGGCACCAUGCACAGCUAUCCGAGAAGUGUCUCUACUGAAGGACCUGAAACACGCCAACAUCGUGACGCUGCACGAUAUCGUCCACACGGACAAGUCGCUCACACUGGUUUUUGAAUACCUGGACAAAGACCUUAAGCAGUACAUGGACGACUGCGGGAACAUCCUGAGUAUGCAGAAUGUCAAGAUUUUUCUGUUCCAGAUCCUGCGAGGUUUGGCCUACUGUCAUAGAAGGAAAGUUCUCCACAGAGACCUGAAGCCUCAAAACCUGCUCAUCAAUGACAGAGGAGAACUCAAACUGGCUGACUUUGGCCUGGCGAGGGCCAAGUCUGUGCCCACUAAAACAUACUCUAACGAGGUGGUAACACUUUGGUAUCGGCCUCCCGACGUGCUGCUGGGCUCCUCGGAGUACUCCACACAGAUAGACAUGUGGGGUGUGGGCUGUAUAUUCUAUGAGAUGGCUGCCGGGAGGCCCCUGUUCCCAGGAUCCACGGUGGAGGAUGAGCUGCACCUCAUCUUCCGGCUGCUAGGCACUCCCACAGAAGACAGCUGGCCUGGAAUAUCCUCCAUCGACGAGUUCAAGUCCUACAAGUUCCCCAAGUACAAGGCACAGCCCCUCAUUAAUCACGCACCCAGGUUGGACACUGAUGGAAUCGACCUGCUGAUGUCAUUCCUAAAAUAUGAAUCGAAAAAGAGGAUCUCUGCUGAUGAAGCGAUGAGACAGUCGUACUUCAGGAGUCUGGGGCCACGUGUGCACACGCUGCCAGAGAACAUAUCCAUAUUCACACUGAAGGAGGUGCAGCUGCAGAGAGAUCCUGGCUACCGGAACUCAUCGUACCCCGAAUCAGGAAACGGAAAGAGCAGAAGACAAAGCAUGCUGUUUUAAAAUCUCUGGACUGAAUGUUUUUUUUAUUUGGGAAGGAUCUCCGAGCUGUACAGUCUUGCCAACGGAUCAGUAACCUCUUGACGUGGAACAUCAUGAUCAUCAUCACCCCCUCCUCAAAAAAAAACUAUUUGGGGAACCUGUUGUCCACAGUACGGCCCUCCCCCUCCCCUCCCAGGUGUGGCUUGAACCUGGCUCAAAAGAGACAUUUAUAUACUGUACAUCUAUAUUUAUUGAGAAGAGAAUUUGCUGCUAAAUCCAACUACUGUCUAGAAUUCUAACUGGCUCAGUCACUUUAAUGAAUACAUGCAAUGUGUAUAGAUUUUUAAUUACUUUUUUUUUUUUUGUUUCUUUUGAAGUGGUGGUAUUUUUAGUGAUAUGUUUUUGUCAUUGUUUUCAUUUUCAUACAUAAAACUUCACCUCAAAGCUCCUCGAUGUGCGUGGGAGUGUAAGGCACACGGACGGAGGGAUGUUUCUGUAGCAGCUCAGAGGGGUUUGUUGUUCUGUCUCUGUUGCCACGGUGCUGUACUCGACUGCACAAAUCAUUUGUGACCAUUUGCUCUGAAGGUUUUCGAGGCCAGCUUUGAUAUAAUAACUGAUCAUUUUAUCCUGACUGGAGGCUAAUGUGAGAGCAGUGCUGCCAAGCUCUGUGCAAAAAAAAAUCAUCUUUUUUGCCGGAUGCUGGCAUAUCAUUCCAGGAUGCUGCGGUCUCUGUCGUGACCAAUGAACAAAUGCAGGGAAAAAAAGAAACAUAGAAUUAUUAACAAGGGCAUUACAGGAUUAGUUAGGCCUCCUAAAUACUUCAGAAAUCCUAAAUAUUUAAGUACAGUUAACAGCAUCCUUGUCCUUUUUUCACCUUAAUCUGACACAUUUUUCUCCUCCGGUCUGUUAGAAAGAAGAGGUACAAAGUGAGUUACCAGUGUUGAAAUUGCGAUGUUGCCAUUGUGCAUUACAGAUGGUUCUCCUGUCUGCCAUUCCCAUUUUCAUCAACUGUAAAAAUGAAUCUAUUUUUUUUUCUGGAUUGCCUCCAUCAUUGUGUUGCAUGCCUGCUCUGUUGUAUGAGGAAGCACACGGCCACUGAACUCCUAAUUCAGGAAGCACUAGCUGUAGUCCUGCCCCUAGUGAAUCUGAUCUGAGUCACAGUCUAUUUAACAGUGUUACAAAAGAUGUUUUGUAUGAUAUUCUUUAACUUUAUUUGUGGAUAAUUGUUAUUGGUGUGGGAUUUCAUUGCAGAUGCCCUCCCAUAUUUGAGCUUUUUUCAGAGUAAAGAAAAUUAAAUCUAAAGUUUAAACAGAAA